UUUAGCACGUGCGUAGCAAAGACAAGAGAGUGAUGACUGGCUGCAUAAUAUUAAUACAUCUGCGAUUGGUCGCAAGUUGGAGGCUCGACUAAAUCGUUUAAAAAUAAAUUAGCACUCAGUGCAGUAUCGUGCGGGUUAAAUUGAAACCGGCCAGUGCACUCGAGAAAUUUACGCCGGUCGUUCGGGUUACAUACUCGUGUCGUUUGAAGUCGUUUCUUGACCACUAACACUUGUGAUCAUAUCUGUGUUCGUUUAUUCAAGGAAUGACGUGCGAUUCAAAGCACGUGUAACCGAUUCGUGUGUUUUACGCUGUAUUGCAAAAUCAAUUGCUGUGUUAUCUACGCAUAAACGUGCAGACGAUAGAUCGAACUUAACCUCAAAGUCGAACAUAGGAUUAUACUUAGGGGUGUAUAAUUCUUUUUAUUUUAUUCAAAACUAACGUGCUGAAAGAUAUCUUAGAUUAUACAAUAUCUGAUGUGUUUUUUAUUGUAUAUAAAUUAUUUUUGAGUGCAUUUUUUGAAGCUCGACUAUAAUGAUGUUAAUAAUUUUAAAAAAAUCUUGACAAUGUUUAUCUAACAGUGACUGUGAUAAAAAGAAUUGGUUCACUUGUUGCUAUGUUGUUCAUUAAUCCCAGAAUGCAAAGUGAGAAGAAAAUAGAUCCGAAAGAAAUGAUAUAAUUAGUAUGGUAGGCAUACGUUAAAUGUUACCAAAAUGUAUAUGAUUUAAAACAUGUUAGUGAGACAGCCUUGAAAUGUUUCGUAGUUUACCAGAUAGGGUGGCAGGGCUAUAUUAUGCCCAUGGCCUGUUUUGUUCAUCUCAUCCUGUUGCAGUCAUUUCAUUGGCAGUUUCAAUUAUAUUACUAUGCUGCUAUCCUUUGGUUAAUUUACCAAUGCCUGGCAAUACGCCACGAACUAUAAUCAAUCAUACCAUUGUACCUGAAAACAAUACAGAAAAUUCUGUGUUUUAUGUACAACAAGUGAUAUUAAGAGUUGGAGUUGUACCAUGGACAGAAGAGUUAACAUUGAUGGAUGCUUUUAGAGGUCCACUGUAUGAAGUUUUUAAUCUUUUAGAGAUUAUACAGAAUUAUCAGCAUCCAAAAACAUUAAAAACACUUGACCAAGUAUGUUUGCAUAUUGAAGCAGUUAAAAAAAGGAAUGGAAAAAAGUCAGAAGUUUUGCCAGAAUAUAACUGUCUUGUUCUUUCCCCUGCAAAUUUAUGGCAACGAAGUAUCGAACUUUAUGCACAAGAUACAAAUCUUAUAAAUACUAUAUAUUCUUAUCAGAAUCUACAAAAAGGUAAAAUUAGUUUAGCAGAGAUAAUGUUUGGCAUGAAUCUUAAAGAAACAGGAAUAAAAAGAUAUCCAAUGCGAAUUAGACAAAGAAUUUUACAAUAUGCAGUAACUAUUUACUUAAAAAACUAUGAUCCUGAAUUUAUAAAAGGAUUACAAUAUAGAUUAAGAAAUUAUUAUCAUCUUCAUCAAAUGGAAAGUGAAAAUACUACAAAUAUUUCAACAGAUGAAACAUUACAUAUUUUUUAUCCUGGUGAAUUUAAUUACAGUGAUUUUUUUCCAUUGAUGAUGACAUUUUUUGCUUUGUUUUUUUAUAUUUAUUUCUCUGUGCGAAAAAUAGAAUUAGUGAAAUCAAAAAUUGGAAUAGCAUUCGGUGCAACUAUAACAGUGAUAGGUUCACUAUCUAUGACUGUGGGUGUAUGCUUUUUUUUUGGUUUAACUUUAAGUCUGAGUGGAAAAGAAGUGUUUCCCUAUUUAGUGAUUAUCGUAGGAUUAGAAAAUGUAUUGGUAUUAACCAAAAGUGUAGUGAGUACUCCAGCACAUUUGGAUGUAAAAAUACGUGUUGCUCAAGCUUUGUCCAAAGAAGGUUGGUCUAUCACCAAAAAUCUACUUACAGAAGUAACAAUCUUAACAAUUGGAUUGUUCACUUUUGUGCCAGCCAUACAAGAAUUUUGUAUAUUUGCUAUUGUGGGAUUGGUCAAUGAUUUUUUUCUUCAAAUGGUUUUUUUUUCCACAAUUCUUGCUAUUGAUAUCAAACGAACUGAACUUUCUAGCGAAACAUCUAAAUUUCACUUUCCGAAUAUACCAACCACGCGUAAACAGCAAUUUACGACAACAAUAACAAAUAGAAAACCGAAUAUUUUUCGAUCAAAAUCUCAUCCAAGAUUAAAUGGUUUGUCUAAUGGUCCAACAACUGUCAUAGCUCCAAAUACACAGAACACUCAUACAUUAGCCAAAAUUCCAAAGCGGUUACGCCUAGUACAUUUCUGGGCAAGAACUCGAAUAUUUCAGCGUGCAUUUAUGGUAUGGAUGGUUGUUUGGAUCAGUAUGAUCGUUUACAAUUCUGGCAUUGUUGAACAUGUUAUACACUUAAGUGAAACAUUAAAAUCAGAAUCAGAUAUUGAAGGAUACACAGUAGAAAGAUCUCAAUCCUUAAAUAACUAUAUUGAAUUAAAUAGUAUAAAACCAGUAUCAAUGCCUUCAACAAUAAUUACUUCAGAUCACUUAAAUAAACAGGAUGACCUAACAAAUAAUAUUACUGAUGAAUUAAAUAAAUUAAAACCAAUGGAGUUUCCACCUUGGAAUCGUUUAUCUCUGUAUCACUGGUCUUCAAUUCUUUCAAUGUAUAAUAUCUCUGCCGCCGGAGGACGUAUAAUUAUAUUACCUGCUGUAAAAUUAUCUCAUGCUGUCAGUACACAAUUAGUGAAACAAAUCAGUAAUCCAAAUGAUGUACAACAUUUUCAAUGGCAGAGUUUUGCAACUGCUGCUCUUGAUCCGUUAGACUUCUUAGAUGUGGAAUUACCAACUAGAUCUGAAAGUCGAGGUUUUAAUGCGGAUACUCCUUUUAUUCCUUCUAGUCCAAUGGAAAUAUUCUUAGCAACAGUGUUGUGUCUCAUUAGCAUCAUUGUUGUUGCUUAUACAAUGGUUGUUCUUUAUAGAUGUGUUUGUUCAAGAAACUAUGCUGAAUGGCGAGCUAGUUGGUAUCAACCAGAGAAAGCUCCUGAUUCAACAACGCAAUUAGUUCUAGAAGCAUUGCCUAUAGUUCUUGAAGGCCAUAUUCAAGAAGUAGAAUGCAUUGCUACAGAUGGCAAUACUAUAGCCAGCACAUGUUUAGCUGGCCAUAUUAGAGUAUGGGAUGCGACGUCAGGCGAACAAUUAGUGCAUGUAGAUAGAAAACAGUUCUUUAGUAGUCCCUACAAGAAUUUGAGUCACAAAACGCCAGAUGUAGAUGAGUUAAUGUCAGAUUACGAAAGUGGUUCACCACCCUCAAGAGGGGAAAUAGAAAAUACUAAUUCAUUUGGAUUGUAUUCGGCAGCGUCGACUAUUCAUUAUAGAAAAUCUUCUCCUGGAUUAUAUAAUAUGCAUAAAGGACAGAAUUAUAUUAGCAAAAGAAACUCAAUGGGAAACACAUUGGACUAUGAUUAUCAAAUUAAUGAAUUUAAUUUGAAAGAAAGAAAAAGCGCACGUAAAAAUUUAGACAAUGUCUACGAUCUUCCAGAUUUAAAAUCAGCAAUAAAUAUUAAAUUUUCAUCCAUGAAACAGUCUCCAGUACAACAAAAUUGUGAACAAGGAUUCGAUUUUGGUAAUCAAUAUAAACAUCUUUUUGAAGAACACAAUAAGUCUAUGGAUGAACUGCGAAAUUCAGAAAGUUUAGAACAUUUAUGUAAUACUAAUGGAAAAUUAAAUUCAUCUGGUUUAAUAGAUAAUAUAUCUAUGUUAAAUACAGAUAAAAAUAUGCAAAUUGCACAUAUAGUAUCUUCCAUUUGGUGCAUGGACUAUCAAGAAAAUCUUAUAGUCGUAGGAUGCGCAAAUGGAAGUCUAGAAUUUUGGGAAGGUACUACGGGUAAAUUUAAGUGUCUAUUUGAUGAUGGAUCAGGACUUGGAAUAUCUGCUGUGAAAUUCGUAGGUAGUAGAGUAGUAGCAGCUAAAUUAAAUGGCUGUAUUGACUUCCUACAACUAGAAAGAUAUAGCGAAGGUCAACAAAUUCAUUGGGGGUUCACUUCUUAUAGAAGAACGCAUGUUAGAACAGGAAGUGCUGGUUCACCCAUGGAUAUAAAUAACAUUAUGCAAUCUGAAGAAGAUCUUCGUUGUAUGAAAAUUGGUUCUCAUAAAGCACAUCAGCAGGCAAUAACUGUACUCGAUAGUGAAGGUGGUCGCGUUUUAACUGGUAGUCAAGAUCAUACUCUAAAAGUAUAUAGAUUGGAGGAUCAGUUACCAUUAUAUACUCUUCAUGGUCAUUGUGGUCCUAUAUCUUGUUUAUUCAUCGAUAGAAUGAGUCCUAUGACUUCUGGUAGUGGAUCUCAAGAUGGUCUUUUAUGUGUCUGGGAUCUUUUAACUGGAACAUGUAUGUAUAGUAUACAAGCUCAUGAUGGUGCUGUGGCAGCUAUGGCAUGUUCUGUAUCAUAUGUAAUAAGCAUUGGUACCGAUGAGAGAUUGUGUGUAUGGGAGCGAUUUCAGGGACAUUUGCUACAUACUCUUCCAGCACAUAGAUUUGCUUAUAGUUUGCAGUUAGUCAUGUUGACACAUCAUCUACUUAUAACCAGUAAUCAGGGAUCACUAGUAGUUUGGGACGUCCGAACUGGGGAGCCAGUGCGUGAAGUAAGGUUGGGUCAUAAAGAUAGUUGUAUUUUUAUAAAGCAAAUGUUAGUGUUAAGGGAUAGUGUAGUAUGUGAUUUUGGUCGACAACUGCGAAUAGUCAGGUUCCCAUUGGUUUCCGAUAAAUUAGAUUAAGAUCUAAUUUAUAUGCACCAUUGUAUAUAGCUAUUUCGUUUCGUAUUUAAUUUUAAUAUUUGAAAAAAAUCCUACCAUUUAUGGGGAUAUAGAUUUUUACAUGAUGUACAUUUUAUAUUUAAAAACUAUCAUACACGCACUUUUAAUAUGAAUUUUUUUAUAUUACUGACAUCAUAGCCUUAUAUAAUAAGUAUUCUACUCUAUCAUGACAAUUUAAGAGAUACACAAAUAUAUUUAUCUCUUGUCACAAUCUAUAUCUGUAGAUGAAGUAUUAUAGAAAAUUUUAAUCAAUUUUCGGAAUUAUUUGUAUACAUUUAAAUUUGAAAUACUAUAAAAUGAAAAAUAUAUAGUUAAAGGCAAUGAUACAAAAAUAAAGUUAAAAUAAAUCAUAUUUUUAGAUAAUUGAACUAGAAAAGCUUUUGAUAUCCGUUAAUUGUCAAAAAAAAAAAAAAAUGGCUGUGCUAUAUUUCAAAAUAUCUGUUUUGUUUCACAGCGUGAUUUAGAAGCAUUUUUAAAUAAACGAUGAUUGUUAUCUUUUUUUCUAUUUGAUUUUUUAAAACAGAUUCGAUAUACGAAGAAGUUGCAUUUGUUAAAUUGUUAAACACAGAUAUGAGCUGGAUAUCACUUCUGUGUUAGAAAAACAAAUAUAUAAUGUUAGUUAAUUAUGAAAUCAUUUAUCAUAUAAACAAUAUGUGUAUUGAUUCAUCAAAAGAUUUAAAGAUUUCAAAUUCAGAAUUCUUAUUAAUAUUAAACAAAGAAUUUAUAUUGAGUAUCGAAUGUUUAAUAUAUAGAGAGAUCUAUUUUCGUUUUUAUGCAAUUUUAUUACACGCACCACGGUCUAAGAGUGCCUUUAUUCCUUUUAUAUUUAGUCCAACUA